AUGCCACUUGAAAGUACAAUUAUAUGUAUUGAUAAUAGUGAUUUUAUGCGUGAUGGAGAUUUUAUUCCGACAAGAAUGCAAGUACAACAAGAUGCUGUUUCACUUAUAUUUCAUGCUAAGACAAGAUCAAAUCCAGAGAAUAAUGUUGGAUUACUUACACUUUCAGAUGGUCGUGUUGUCACUCAAUUGACAAAUGAUGUUGGCAAAGUUUUCUCAAAGUUACAUUUAUUACCAAUAGAAGGAAAAAUUGAUUUUUGUAAAGGCAUUAAAGUAGCUAAUUUAGCAUUAAAACAUCGACAAGGUAAAAAUCAUCGACCUCGUAUUGUUGUUUUUGUUGGUAGUCCACUUGAAGUUGAUCCUAAUGAAUUUACUAAAUUAGCAAAACGAUUAAAAAAAGAAAAAGUAUCAAUUGAUAUUGUUGUCUUUGGUGAAGAGUCUUCUCGUGAGAAAUUUGAAGAAUUUAUUACAAUUAUUAAUGGAAAAGAGAAUACAAAUUCUCAUUUGAUAUGUAUUCCAUCUGGAGCUAAUUUACCAGAUACACUUAUUAAUACACCAAUUAUUCAAAGUGAAGAUGGUUCAGGUUUACCAAAUGGUUAUUCAGCAAGUGCUUUUGCAUUUGGAAUAAACCCUGAAGACGAUCCAGAAUUAGCUAUGGCUCUCCGUAUUUCCAUGGAAGAACAACGACGUGUUCAAGAAGCUGAAAUAGGUCGUAGCACAGGUGGUGAAGGAGCUCAACAAAAUCCAUCAACAAAUACAGGAAGUUCGAGUACUAAUGAAAUGGAUGUAACUCGACUCACAGAAGAUGAACAAAUUGCUUUGGCUAUUCAAAUGUCUAUGUCACAAGCUGAAAGUGGUCAUACGAAUGAUGUUGAAAUGAAAGAAGAAACUUCUGCUUCUACUGAUACAUCAUCAAACACUCAACAAUCAACAAAGACUAAUGAAGAAACACAACAAAAUGCUGAUACAUUUGCGGCUUCUCUCAACGAUCCACAGUUUUUACGUGAUGUCCUUCGUGAUUUACCUGGUGUUGAUGUUGACAGUGAAGCUGUACGAGCAGCUCUUGAGCAAGUGCAACAACAACAACAACAACCACCACCACCAAAAAAAGAUACAGACGAUAAUGAUGAUAAUGACAAAUCAAAUGCAACAAAAAAGAAAAAAGAUGAAGAAAAAUAG